GUCGGCAGACUACAAGCCUCAGCCAGUGGUGACCCAGCAGCCUGACCCUUGUCAGGUCACGAGGUCAUCCACCUCUGGGAGGAUCGUGGAGAAGAGUGUGGAGAUCCCAAAGUUGUCGGCUAAGCGUCCAUCUCAGACUACAGAAGAAGAGUUGAACUCAAUACGCUCCCAAUUUGGGAUUUCUCCUCAACCGACCAAGAAGCCUCGCCAAAAUGCCGAAGAUAUCCUGGAUCUCUUGGACAAGACGGACCACACACCUCCAAGGUCAGAUGAGACUCAAUCCCAGCUGUUGGAAUCACCAAGGAAGACAAACCCGAAUCCAUUCACUAAGACAACACCCUCUAGUGCCAAUAAGUUCAGCGGAUUGUCGAAAACUAGCUCAGUUCAGGCGGACUCCUGUCAGUGGAUCAAAUGUACAGAGCAGAUAUUUUAAUAGUCAGCCUGUCAAAAAUAUUAAUGAAAAUGAAUCCAAGACAAACACCCUUAAAGAUCUCAGUAACGUUUUAGAGAAUCAGGUGCCAGAAACUGGCAAAAUGCAUAUUGCGAACCAUGUAGAAAAACUUUCUGAUGGAAAAAUCAGUUCCUUGAUUGAAGACUCGAGCGAAGAUAUCAAGGAGGAAAGAAGUGAUUUAGGCCAAACAGAUGGAAAAGAGAACUGCUCAGAGGCUGUGAAGCCCAGGCGUGAAAACACUUUUAAAUGGAAGCCUUCUCUAGCUGACAUGUUUGGGUUUAAGAGCAAAUCUUUGCCUUCAUCUCCGUCAGUGCAGAAGAGUUUCGUGAACCCUUCAAAAGAUGAAUCAGAUGCUCAAGAGGAAUCUGAUUGCUCUCAGAAUACUCAGUCAAGCGUAAAGGACACCAAACCUACAAGUCGAAACCCGUUUGCUAAAGUGAAGAAAUUGGAUGACUGUACAAAAGUGGAAGAGGAGAAUGAUCGUUCAAGUAGUUUGGGGUCUCAGGGAUUCUCCUUAAGUCCAGACUCUCAGUCGGACGUGUUAACACCGGACACCUUUAGUGAGGAGUCUACAGCAAGUAUCACACCUCGACGUCAAGUGAAGGUGGGCCUAAGCAAGCGACAGAGCACUGGUUGCCAGAAAAGUCUGCUGUCCAUGUUCGCCUUCAAACCUAGGCCCAAGCUACAAAGGUAAGAAACUUUGUAAAUUCUUCGCCCUUCACAUUUCCUGAAAGAUCGCAGCUGUUAAGUUUUUCACCACUGGAUUGUACAAUUAGUGUUACAGAUUAGAAUGUAUCUUAUUUAGUAUUUAUAUCAUUAUGUUUGUAUUAUAUGACUAAGUUAUGUUAUUGUUCAUAAUAAAUACAAUAAGUACGA